CCUAACUAUCAGCCUGCAGCUCCUGCCAUUCCUGUGCCUUACCCUCCAUUUACUCCUAGGGGGAGAGAGAAGAAUUCUGCUCAUACAUCACUGUAGCUGGUGCAUUCUCUCCAGUCUGACUAUCCACAUGCAGUGAGGGAAUCAGCGAUCAGUUCUUGGUCAACCAGGCAGAUGGCAAUACCAAGUAUCAGGACAAAUGCACCACUGGACCUACAGUGACUGCUCCCAUCAAGUUCUUCUACCUUUCUUGUACCUCUUGCUGGAUAAAUGUCUUUUCCAUCUCUGCAGCCUGAAAUUCAGCAGGACUUAUCUAUUAGAGCUUUGAUGGAUAACUACUCUGCCUUAUUCUUUAAUGACUCUUGUAUGGGGCUUUUGCUGUACCCAUGUGCCAACAUCUCAGAUGAAAUAAGGGAGCCCCCAAAACCUCCCUUGCUGGUGGAUGCCUGGCUUGUACCCCUCUUUUUUGCUAUGCUUAUGGUAGUGGGACUUGCUGGAAAUUCUUUGGUUAUUUAUGUGAUUUCCAAGCACAAACAGAUGAGGACAGUAACUAACUUCUACAUAGCUAAUCUGGCAACCACUGAUAUAAUAUUUUUAGUGUGCUGUGUGCCUAUCACUGCUUCUUUGUAUUCUCUUCCUGGGUGGAUAUUCGGAGAAUUCAUGUGCAAGUUUGUUAACUAUAUUCAACAGCGGGCACCCACGUGGCAUCCACGGACACAUCGUCAUCAUCAACACCUUCACCGCUAUCUGACAUCUCAAGAAAGGAAGCAGCAGCGGGUACAACAUCAUCAUCACACCGUGUCAGUGCAAGCUACCUGUGUGACCCUGACAGCUAUGAGUGUGGAUCGCUGGUACGUGACUGUGUUCCCAUUACGCUCUUUACGUCAAAGGACUCCACGUGUGGCUGCAGCUGUAAGCCUAGGAAUCUGGAUAGGAUCCUUUAUUGUGUCUAUCCCAGUGACCAUUUACAAUAAGCUCAUUGAAGGCUAUUGGUUUGGACCACAGAUAUAUUGCAUAGAAUCUUUCCCAUCUGUUUCCCAUGAAAAGGCUUUCAUCCUUUACAACUUUCUAGUGGUGUACCUCCUUCCAUUGCUCACUAUUUGUAUCUGUUACUCUGCCAUGGUCUAUCAGAUGGGACGGCCCUCUGUGGAGCCAGCUGAUAACAGCUACCAGAUACAGCUCUUAGCUGAGCGCUCUGAAGUUAUGCGCACUAGAAUUUCUCGCAUGGUGGCAGUCAUCGUUUUGCUUUUCACUGUCUGCUGGGGCCCCAUCCAGCUCUAUAUUCUGUUUCAAGCCUUUAGUCCCACCUUCAAACGUGACUAUUACACAUACAAGAUAAAGAUAUUUGCCCACUGCAUGUCCUACACAAAUUCAUCUAUUAAUCCAAUAGUCUAUGCCUUUAUGGGUGCCAAUUUCCGUAAAGCAUUUAACAAGGUCUUUCCAUUCCUCUUUAAGCAACGAGUGGGCAGUACAGGGGUGGCUAAUGCUAAUGCCAAUACUGAAAUGCAUUUUGUCUCCUCUGGAACUUAGGAUACUGAACAGAAAAAAAACCAUAGACAUCAUUUGUACCUCAUCUACCAAAAUAAUUGACCAUAAUAAACUCUUGGAGAACUUUUCUAGCAGAUAUGACUAGGAAAUAUUAAAAGCCCUGACAAUGAACUGAGCAUGAUGUUCCUGGAAUGCAAAGGUGUAUAAUACAGGAAAUUGAAAUGGUCCUAUCAAACAUUCAAAUUAGGAAUUCACUGGGAUUACCAAGUAACCUUGCUGAAAAAAAUAUCCUUUAGGAAUAAAGGAUCGCAACACUUGGGAUCAUAAUAUUUUUUUUUUUAUCUAAGCAGCUACCAUGGUUUAAAUUGGAUUCUAAAAUGUUCAUUUAUGGAACAAUGCUGAACGUUGAAAAAACCAGCAGUGCUUUUCAAACAGGACUUCAUUUCUAGAAUGUAUCAUUAAAGGAGUAGUCCAGUGGUGAACCCAGUGGGGAACAACUUAUCCCCUAUCCUAAGGAUAGGGGAUAAGUUUGAGAUCGCGGUGGGUCCGACCGCUGGGGCCCCCUGCGAUCUCCUGUACGGAGCCCCGACAGCCCGCAAUCUCCGGCUCUGCCAUAGAGUUGUAUUGAGGGGCGUGUCGGCCACCGCUUCGUGCGGAAGUCAACACCCGCUAUCUGGCCAGAGAGCCUGG